AUGGGUAAUACACAGUCUGGCAUGGGCCAAGGUGGGCCACCCGGCGACAAAGACGGAAAGGACGCGAAGAAAGAUAAGCCAAAGUACGAGCCGCCACCACCCCCACCGCGCCCAGGUCGUAAGAAGAGACGUUCGCAAGGUCCCGAUGCUACCUCGAAGCUUCCUACCGUCUACCCGAACGCUCGAUGCAAGUUAAAGAUGCUCCGAAUGGAGCGUAUUAAGGAUCACUUGCUCUUGGAGGAGGAGUUUGUUCAGAAUCAGGAAGCUUUGAAACCAACUGGUACGACCGAUGACCGUGCUGCUGAGGAAAGAAUGCGCGUGGACGAUAUGCGUGGAAGUCCUAUGGGUGUUGGAAAUCUUGAGGAAAUGAUUGACGAUGAUCACGCUAUUGUUUCUUCUGCAACUGGCCCUGAGUACUACGUCUCUAUCAUGUCUUUCGUCGAUAAGGAUCUCCUCGAACCAAACGCCACUGUCCUUCUCCAUCACAAGUCCGUUAGCAUUGUUGGUGUGCUCACCGAAGCCUCCGACCCGCUAAUUACCGUCAUGAAGCUCGAUAAAGCCCCUACAGAAUCCUAUGCCGACAUUGGUGGUCUCGAACAACAAAUCCAGGAAGUCCGUGAAGCCGUUGAAAUCCCUCUACUACAUCCGGAACUAUACGAGGAAAUGGGUAUCAAACCACCAAAGGGUGUCAUCUUAUAUGGUUCUCCCGGUACCGGAAAGACAUUACUUGCAAAGGCAGUGGCAAAUCAGACGUCUGCUACUUUCUUACGUAUUGUUGGGUCGGAACUUAUCCAGAAAUACCUCGGAGAUGGUCCUCGUCUAGUACGACAGAUCUUCCAAGUUGCAGCGGAACAUGCACCCAGUAUUGUGUUCAUCGAUGAAAUCGACGCAAUUGGUACCAAGAGAUACGAAAGCACUAGCGGUGGAGAGAGGGAAAUUCAGAGAACUAUGUUAGAGCUUUUGAACCAGCUUGAUGGUUUCGAUGAUCGGGGUGAUGUUAAAGUUAUUAUGGCUACAAACAAGAUCGAUACUUUGGACCCGGCUUUGAUCCGACCAGGUAGAAUAGACCGAAAGAUCUUGUUCGAGAACCCAGAUCAAAACACAAAACGAAAGAUCUUUACCCUCCACACUUCGAAGAUGUCGCUCGCUGAGGACGUUGAUUUAGAUGAAUUCAUCUCCCAGAAGGACGACUUGUCCGGAGCUGAUAUCAAAGCUAUCUGCACAGAGGCCGGUCUAUUGGCACUAAGAGAGCGGCGUAUGAGGGUGCAAAUGGCGGACUUUAGGAGUGCCAGAGAAAGAGUAUUGAAGACCAAGACCGAGGGUGAACCUGAAGGCCUGUAUCUUUAA